AUGAUUAAUCCUGCUGCUGCUACAAUGAAACUUCCUCUUCUGCUCUUCUUAGCUUUCUCUUCAAAUGUUUAUCCAGCUAAAAUGCCAUUAACCUCUUGUCGGAAACAUUAUUUAUCAGGAAUUCGUCAAUCACAGCCUUUACCCAUAAAUCUUGAAGAUGAAAAAACUGUAAAUAUAUUAUGUAAAAUGCCUGAGUCAGCAGAUGAUGGGUUCGUAGAGACCAUUGUUCAUAGUGGGAUAAGUAAGGGAGCCAUUGUGGAAGGCAAAAAAAGCAUUAAUUAUCAAAUGCCUGAUUUGAAUUGGAUGCGAGAAGUUUUAAAAUCUUCAUAUUGCUCUCAAACACUCACAAUUGAUUGGAGGAAUGAAGAUGAAAUGAACCGAGGAAAUAUAGAAUUUAUCACUUUACUUAAUGAUUCAUUCAAUAUAACAUAUGAUUCAGACAGACCAUUAAUGGAACUGCCAUUAGCACAAUCUCAAGUUGCAAUUCGGCACGUCUUUGUUUCUAAGGGUAGAGUGAAGCUUCAAGCUUCUCCCUUGCAAUGUAGGCAGAACAUAGAAUCUCCAGUAGACUGUUUGUUUACUAACAGACUCCAAAUUAGUUUGUUGGCGCGAAAUUGGAAUUUCAAUUUUGCAUUCCGCACAGGUGUGAAUAAUCCGUUUUUCAUCGCUCUCAGACAGCCAAACGGAAGUCUGAACCUUGCUAUAGAAAAUGAUUUUUUCAUCAGAAUCAAUGGAAAUUCCAGUAAUGCCGUAGGCUUCCUCACAGAUUCAAACUGGCAUUCGGUCAGUAUAAGUGAAAACAGCGGCUUGACUAUUGAUAAUUACGAAAUUCUGCCGUUUUCGGAAGUAGUAAAAUUUGAUAGUCUUUUAAUAGACAUUAAUGGAGAUAUUUUGGUAACGAAUGAAGAAGAUGAAAAGGAAGAAUGCAUGUCUCUUAGAGAUUCUUUUAUUCCAUCGGAAAUAGAAGAAAAUGAGGAACCAUGUGCUGGCUGUGAUUGUUCCAUAUUAGGAUUGUUUUUCAAAUCAUUAGCAUCGCCAUCCACCUGUCCAUCCAAAAACGAAGAUGACGGCGAUGCCUAUCAUCUCAUCAGAGAUUCAGACAAAUUGUCUUUUUUCCAUAUUGCUGAGGAUACACCAAGAAUGGACAUACGAACUGCUUUGACUUUUAAAUCAGAUUCUGAUGCCGGGUUACUUCUUUUUGGUUAUUGGAAUUUUGUCUCUCGAGGACGAUGGCAAGUACACUAUCGAGGGUCACAUCUUAUAGCAAUCAUGUGUGAGCAAGAAGAAGAAGAAGAGCAAUGUCGUCAAUGUUCAAUUCAAGGAAACAAAGGCUUAGGAAAUGAUGAAUGGCAUAAUGUGGCAUUUUUUGCUCACAAUUCUCAACACUAUCUGAUUUUGAAUCAAAAAAUUUGCCAACUACAACAAAUUCAUCAGCAGAAGAACAUCAGCAUUGCUGACUUGUACUCGGUGCCUAAUGUGGUCAAUCAUGGAGGCAUUUUCAUCGGAGGAACAUAUUAUGAAAUAAAGAAACCUGGCCUCUACAUGAAUGAUAUUACCAUCAAGUAUUUUGAGAAUACAAGAGAGAAGAUACCUUCUCUACGAGGAUGUGUCAAAGAUGUGUACAUAAAAGGAGAAAAAAUUCAUUUAUCGACAGUCUAUGAAGAACAAAGGAAAUCUAUGCUAGUUGAUUACUCCGAUUUCCAAGCUUUCUCUCUUAUGAGCGGAUGUUUGGUAUGUGAUCCGUUGUGUGCUGAGGAUGUACGAUGUCGAGUUCCUUUCCAUCACCAUGUAGGGACAGGAAAAUGUGAUUGUUCAGACAUUUAUGCAAUAGAAUCAGAUGAUGGAUCAUGUAAAUUACACAAAGAACAAUCUGUUCCUUUAUCUACAAAAUAUGUAAAUGUUAUGCCUUUCAUCAUGACUGUCCCAUCUACAAGAGCUCUAAUUCAAAAUAUCUGGAUCAAGUUCAAAUUGCCAAAGAACUUCCAAGACAACUUGGUCAUUGCGGAAUUCAAUAACCAUCGCGAGAUGCUGUUCCGAGUUUUUGCAACACCAGAUGGCCGCAUCAACACUCAGGCGACCCCUAGUGAUUUGAAAGUUUUUGAGCCUGAUGCAUCCAAGCUUAUUGACAAGUCUGAUAGCCGUGUCCAUCUUCUUGUAGUUAGGAGACGAACUCCUAUUGGAACCCGACAGAACCAUCAAAGAUAUGAGUUGAUUAUUGAUGGAAGUCGUUAUGAAAUUCCUGACUAUAGUCGUUCAUCUCUCAAUAAUAUAACUCUGAACAUUCUGGAUGACGCAUCUGUAGAUGAGAGCCCUGUCAUUCAUGACAUAGGAGUUGGUUAUGAACCUGAUGAGCAUACUUUCCACUCUUCCAAAUCCAAUAAAAUCUAUCAGAUUGAUGUAUUUGAUGAAUUGCUCAGUCAUGUAUCAUCAUUCCCCGAGAAGGAAGAUGAUUUAGGAUUUGUUGACCCAUACUUAUGGCAUGAACAAGAAACGCAGCAGAAAGAUGACCAAGAACACAGUUUUUCUACUGCUCCUUUUGGAACUGUCGAUGAGUACACUCCAGAUACAUUCCAACCCCAAUCGCUAUUGCCCAUAUCUGCUCAAUUUCUUUUCUAUGCAAUGAUAGCAUUCCUCACUUUCAUACUGCUUCUUUUGUGUUUCUUCUGCUGCUAUUGGUGCAUUCGAAGGAAUCGUAAAUCUACUAGGGAUAGUACAGCUUCUGACACAAUCAAUAUGUUAAGAAGUAGUCCAGAUUAUCCUGUGAAACUUCGUCGAGAUUUCAUGGAAACGACAUCGUUACACGAUGACAGCUCAAUAGGUACCGAUGACACAGAUUUAAAUGCAUAUAGAGAUAUACAUUCCCAUAGGGUCAAAAUAUAUCGUGAAUCGAUGGUUUCCAUAUUAGUCCCUUCCCUUGAUUAUACUCACGAAGCUGCAAUUGUUAAGAGGCAGAGCCUCAACGAGGUUACAUCACCUUCCCCUCCCUUUUCUUCAAGCCCGGCGCCUUUAGUUGACGUCCAAGAAGACGAUUAG